CUCUCUCACACUUCUCAUAGGGUUUCCUCAAUGUUAAGAUAAUGGGGUUUCUCAUUUUAUUAUGAAUUUUAUUUCCUCUAAGUAAUUCUGGGGCUUUUCGUUUGGAUCAUAAUUUUAGGUAUCAGAGAUAACUAAGGGAGAUUAAGAUCCUUGAGCAGUAGCAAUGGCAGGAAACAAAGCAUCUCUCUGCCUUUUGGGGUUGUUUUUCUCACUCUUUCAUUCUGGAUUUGCCCAUAAAAAGCCUUUUGUGGUGUACAUGGGGCAGCAUUCACACGCUCCUUUGGAUCAGAUUGAUCAUGCACGUGUGACUGAAUCUCAUCAUGAAUUAUUGGGGACGUUUAUUGGAAGUAAGGAGAAGGCAAAGGAUGCCAUCUUCUAUUCCUAUACUCUUAAUGUGAAUGGUUUUGCUGCUAAUCUUGAAGAGGAAGAAGCUUUGGAAAUAUCAAAACAUCCUGGUGUCGUAUCGGUGUUUCCGGAUAAACUCCGGGAGUUACAUACGACUCGAUCUUGGCACUUUAUGGGAUUGGAACGCGAUGGUCGUGUUCCCAAGAAAUCGUUAUGGCACCAAACGAACUUUGGCAGAGAUGUCAUAGUUGCAAACUUAGACACAGGUGUGUGGCCUGAGUCUGAGAGUUUCAGGGAUGAAGGGAUAGGACCAGUACCCUCAAAGUGGAAGGGAAUCUGCCAAAACGAUGACCCCGAAAUGCGCCCAGUGAAAUGUAACAGGAAGUUGAUUGGGGUCCGCUACUUCAACAAAGGGUACAAUGCAUAUGCUGCUACACUGAAUAUCACUCCCCCUGCUCUGAACUCCCCUCGCGAUAUCGAAGGCCACGGGACACACACCCUCUCAACUGUCGCUGGGUCCUUCGUCCCCAAUGCCAGCAUUUUUGGUUUUGCCUCCGGCACCGCUAAGGGCGGUGCUCCCGGUGCUCGCGUUGCAGCUUAUAAGGUCUGUUGGCCCGCAACCAAACAGAUCCAGGGUGGGUGCUUCGACUCAGACAUCCUUGCCAGCUUUGACGCUGCCAUCCAUGAUGGCGUCGACGUGGUCUCUGUCUCUCUCGGGGGCGACCCCUAUCCAUUUUUUGAGGAUGCUACUGCCAUCGGGGCCUUCCAUGCUGCUCGGAAAGGUAUUUCUGUCAUUUGCUCGGCCGGGAACUCAGGUCCCACACCUGGCUCUGUGACCAACCUAGCACCUUGGAUUCUCACUGUUGGUGCGAGCACUCUCGAUCGCGAUUUCCCGACUUAUGUUUCCAUUGGUGGCAAGCAUUUAAAGGGCCAAAGCCUUUCAAUUGAUACAUUGCCACAUGAGAAGUUUUAUCCUCUGAUUUCCGCUGCUGAUAUCUUAAAUCCCCAAUCAAAUUUUAGCCUUCUAAAUGUGACGAACUGCUUAUUGGGUUCGCUUGAUCCAACAAAGGCAAAGGGCAAAAUUGUUGCUUGCCUUCGGGGUGAUAAUGCCAGGGUAGAGAAAGGGGAGGCAGUGAAGCUAGCUGGAGGAGUCGGGAUGAUCUUAUGCAACGAUCCGAAUUCUGGAAACGAAGUUAUAGCCGACGCACAUGUGCUCCCUGCAGCCCACCUCACUCUAUCUGAUGGCGCACAAGUUUUCAGCUACAUAAAAUCCACCAAGAAUCCUAUGGCAUAUAUCACACGUCCAAACACGAACCUGGGUUCUACCCCGGCUCCUGUAAUGGCAGCCUUCUCCUCGCAGGGUCCAAACACUAUCACUCCCCAAAUACUCAAGCCCGAUAUAACGGGACCAGGCGUUAGCAUAUUGGCAGCGUACACUGAGGCAACGUCGCCGACUGAUAUGGAAUAUGACAAGCGGAGGGUGUCAUUCAACGUUGUCUCAGGGACCUCCAUGUCCUGCCCUCACCUCUCUGGUGUCGUUGCUCUCAUCAAGGCCCGUCACCCCAAUUGGUCCGAGGCCGCCAUCAAGUCUGCUAUCAUGACCACAGCUCACCGCCGCGACAAUGUGGAAUCGGCGGUCAAGGAUGCGUCUUUGGAGAAGGCCACCCCAUUCAACUAUGGCGCGGGCCAUGUCCGACCCAAUGCUGCAGCCGACCCCGGCCUUGUCUAUGACCUUACCCCAACAGACUACCUCAAUUUUCUCUGUUCCCUUGACUACAACCAGAGCUCAAUCUCAGCCAUUACUGACCAAAACUACACCUGUCCAACCCCUAAACCCAAAUUACUAGACUUUAAUUACCCCUCUUUCUCCAUCACUAAUCUCACAAGUACGGUCACCGUCACACGUGUGGUGAAGCUCGUCGGUCCACCAGCAACUUACACUGUGCGAGUGCAGUCGCCUACCGGUGUUUCGAUCGAAGUUUCGACGAAAAGCUUGAGCUUUGAGAAGGAGGGAGAGGAGAAGAGCUACACUGUGAAGUUUACAUUGAAAAGCAAAAAUUUCGGCAAUUAUUCAUUUGGAAGGUUGAUUUGGUCCGAUGGUACCCACUAUGUCAGGAGCGCAAUUGUGAUCAAUGGGGUUUAGUACUUUUUUUUUUUUUCCUUGGUUUUAGUUUAGUUUCAGGGUUUUCUUGAAUGAAUACUUACAAUGGGGAAUAAAUCACUGAAAGAAAUGUUAAAUGGGGUAAUGAUUUUGUGGACUUUGGUUCUAGAUACUCUUUAUAUUUAUAUGGCUUUUGUCCAAAAAAACAAAUAAUGGUCGCCAUUAGAUUCUUGAUGGUGCAUAUGUGUAUAUUUGCGCAAGUUUGAGAGGGUGAGAUGCUGUUUGUAAAUG